GUUACCCGCAACACCGAUGUCGCUCGCCCACGACCUUUCCUCCGACUGGCUAGCGGUCUCUGAACCCUUCCCGCACGUACUGCACAUCGAACUGUCCCGCAAACCAGUAAACGCGUUCUCAGCUGCAUUCUGGAGAGCGUAUGGGGCGCUGCUAGACCGAAUCGUCGCCGAAUGUCGCGACGUGCGCGCGGUGGUGCUCUCAUCGUCUAUUCCCAAGUUGUUUACCGCCGGAAUCGAUCUGGCGGACGCGGCAAAAAUCACGACCGGUGGCCUGCACGCUCUCGUCGCUCCGGAUCCCGCCAGAACAUCGCUCGUGGCACUGCAAGACAUCAAAGAAUUCCAGCACGCCAUCGGUGCGCCCGAGCGCUGCCCCUUCCCCGUGAUCGUCGCCGUGCACGGCGCGGUACUGGGCCUGGGUAUCGACGUCAUCGCCGCAUGCGAUGUCCGCUACGCGGCUGCGGACGCGAGCUUCAGUAUCAAGGAAGUGGACAUCGGACUAGCAGCAGACGUCGGCACUCUCUCCUAUCUCCCCAAGAUUACCGCAAAUCACUCGCUCAUGCGCGAGCUGGCGUACUCGGCGGAGUUGUUUUCUGCCGCAGAUGCACAGCGUCUCGGGCUCGUCUCGCGUGUGGUACCGGGGAGCAGGGACGAGGUCGUCGGCGCGGCAUUGGAGCUGGCGGGCCGGAUUGCGGCGAAAAGCCCCAUUGCAGUGAGCGGGACCAAGCGGAUCUUGAUCCAUGCGCGGGACCACAGUGUGGCGGAGAAUCUGGAGUACACAUCCGUAUGGAAUGCAGCGGCCCUGAACACCGCGGACAUCCCAGAAACCUUGGCGGCUAUGAAGGCUAAAAGAGCACCCAAGUUCGUGCCCUUGAUGAAGACAAAGAUGUAGUCAUACAGAAUGGUGUACAUAUUUGCAUCCCCCAUUCGAACUCACGCCGCGGACGCAGCACGUGCUGGUGUAAGCGGCUGCUGAUACGGCGGCGGCUCCGAAGCCAGCACGUGUGCUUCGAGAACGGCGAGCCGGUCCUCUAAGAAACGCUCGCGCGCCGAAGAGCCGGAGAUCAUCGUAGACGCUUCAGCAGACGAGUCCGCGUAGGGGUGGCUGUAGGGAGCGCGGGGACCCACACUCGUCGAAAGCGAUGUCAAGGAGCCGUUCUCGCGCGCAUUCAUCCAGCUUGUGUCCACUGGAAUAGGGGAAGGAAGUGAGCGUCUAGCCGCGAUAUCAGCCGUGUUCGAAACCACGUACUCGUCUUGGAGUCCAGCCGUGAUUCCGAGUAGCCAGAAGAUGAUGUCGUGCUUGAUUCGGCAUUCUGAGCGGGCGUCUGCGGAUCCGUCUGAGUCGUGGCUGAAGCUGGAGUAGUCGCGUAGGGUUGUAAAAUUGAUACCGGCGCAGACGAAGUGUCGACAAAUGGCUGAACUGGCAGCUGGGGCUGACGAUUGCGCAAAUUGCGCACUCGAGGACCCGCAUCCGAGUCGUCAGCCUCGUCGGCCUGUGUCCCCAGUCCUCUCCUUCUCCUCCACCUCGUCAGGGAGAACAACAGUAAAACAAGUCCGAGAAGGACGACGACUCCUGAAACGGUUCCCCCGGCAAUAGCCCCCGUGUUCGAUUUCUUGUGCAGCAAAGGCGACGAGGCUGUCGUACUAUCGAGUCUGAAUCGAUGCCGGAGUCAAUAUCUAGUCAUCGAUGACUCACGAUGAAUUUGGACUCGCUGCCGACGCAGUGAUUACCGCGUAGUCGAUCAAUGCAGACGUCCCAUUCGUGAGCCCUUUGCCCACGACCCAGGACACGGUAUGUUUUAC